CAUAAGGUUUAUAUCAACAGGGGUCCUUGGUACGCCGAGCCGACGAUCGGUGGUGAAUCAGAAGAGAUCUUCCCUAUUUGCUGCUAUGAUGCUCCAAAUCAAAGUUGAUAAACUUUUGGAUUGUUAGGAUUCACUUGACGAAAAGGGGAUUAACCCCUAGAAUCUGCGUUACCAUUUACUGAUCGUAGAAUUCGAUUUCAACGACAAAGAAGAUGGAUGACGACGUAGAAGAACUGAGCAGAAUCGCCGGCGAACAACACCGUGAGUUCAUGGCGGCCCGAGUCGUCGACUCCGACCUGGACCUAGCGUUCCGCCUCCAACUCGAAGAAGCCAUAUCUGCAUCUCUCGCUUUUCAACCCUCUUCGUCUACUUCACCAACACGGCCUCAACAACCGCCAUCGCUGGUCUCGGAUCACGACCGUGCAAACACCGUCGCUGACCUCCAAACCCUAGAGUUUGAAAGAUUCGAGACGGAGAUACGAGACCGCGUGCUGAUCAAAGCCGAAACGAAGAAACUGCAGGCAGAUCUCCACCGUCGAAUCCACGAUGGGAAUGUUGCUCGCGAGAUUUUGCACAUGCCAGUGCAUCAGUGGCUAGAGGUAGGCGACAAUUUCGAGCGUCCUUACGGCGAGGGUUCUUCUUCUUCUUCGAAAAGCGAAGUCGAUUCAGAGAUUUUUAGCGUUUAUUUCAAAGGUUUGCUGAGCGAGGAGAGAGUUGAUGGGACUGGUCCUUUACAGAAAACAGUAACAAUGGCGGGGAUUGGUGUGGCGAUUUGCGAUUCGAGGGAUGGGUUGAUUUUUGAAAUGAGAAAGCCAUUGGAUUUGAAGGAAGAUGAUCGGACGAGCAGACAGAGUAUGGAGGGGAAGGCGUUGAUUGAGGCUCUCAACGCUGCUAUUGCUUUGGAUCUCAAGAGAAUCGUAUUAUAUUGUGAUUAUUAUACACUAUAUCAAUAUGUUUUUGGGCGGUGGCAGCCAAAACAACGGAAAAUGAGAGCGUUUGUGAAUCAAGUGAAUCACCUUCGGAAAAAUUUCACCUACUGUGUGCCCGCCCUUGUUGCUCGGAAUGAUGUCAAAUUUGCAUUUAAACUUGCAAGAGAGGCAAUACUUUCUCAGAUAACCAAGGCAGUGGAAUCAAGUGAUGUCAGGCUUGAGAAUUGUGUAAUAUGCUUUGAUGAUAAACCUAUGGACCAAUUCUUUUCAGUCGAAGGUUGUAAGCAUCGAUACUGCUUUUCUUGCAUGAAACAGCAUGUGGAGGUCAAGUUGCUUCAGGGAAUGGUGCCUAAAUGCCCAUAUGAAGGCUGUGAGUUUGAACUCAAAAUUGGAAGUUGUGAGAUAUUUAUGACACCUAAGUUGAUUCAGAUGAUGAAACAACGGUUAAAGGAAGCUUCAAUUCCUGUGACAGAUAAAAUUUAUUGCCCUUACCCUAAAUGCUCGGCAUUGAUGUCAAAAACUAAAAUUCUUCAGCUCCCAAGAUUUGGUCAUGAGAGUGCGGCUCGGACAUGCUACAACUGUCUUGGUGCAUUCUGCAUGAAUUGCAGGGUUCCAUGGCACAACUAUAUGACCUGUGCAGAGUACAAGCAAAAAAAUCCUAUCCCCCUCGUAGAAGAAUCACAGCUUAAAAAUCUGGCAGCAAGGAAUUUGUGGCGUCAGUGCAUAAAAUGCAAACAUAUGAUAGAACUCAAUACUGGUUGCUACCAUAUGACAUGCAGAUGUGGAUAUGAAUUUUGCUACACAUGCGGAGCGGAAUGGAAGAACAAGAAGGCGACGUGCAAUUGUCCUUUGUGGCAUGAAGACAACAUCAUGGAUAGCGACGAGGAAGACGAAGAUGAAGAGGAUUUUGAUUUUGAUGAUGAUGAUGAUGAUGAUGAUUAUGAUUAUGAGGGGGAUGGUUACGAUUAUAAUUUUGAUGAUAGUUUUCUUUGAAGACAUAACUAUUUUGAAUUAGGGAAGAAGGAUCAUUGUGGAAUGUAACUUCCUUUAUGGGGAUUGAAAGGCUCGGAAAUACUAAUAAGUCGUUUCAUGAUGGUUUCGUUUAUCA